AUGAUUGUGCUAUUAUUCUUUGCCUUGCUCUGGAUGGUGGAAGGAGUCUUUUCCCAGCUUCACUAUACGGUGCAGGAGGAGCAGGAACAUGGCACUUUCGUGGGGAAUAUCGCUGAAGAUCUGGGCUUGGACAUUACAAAACUUUCGGCUCGCGGCUUUCAAACGGCGCCCAACUCUCGGACCCCUUACUUGGACCUCAACCUGGAGACCGGGGUGUUGUACGUGAAUGAGAAGAUUGACCGCGAGCAAAUCUGCAAGCAGAGCCCCUCCUGCGUCCUGCACCUGGAGGUCUUCCUGGAGAACCCCUUGGAGCUGUUCCGGGUGGAGAUCGAGGUGCUGGACAUCAACGACAACCCCCCCUCCUUCCCGGAGCCGGACCUGACCGUAGAGAUCUCUGAGAGCGCCACGCCGGGCACCCGCUUCCCCUUGGAGAGCGCAUUCGACCCAGACGUGGGUACCAACUCCUUGCGCGACUACGAGAUCACCCCCAACAGCUACUUCUCCCUGGACGUGCAGACCCAGGGGGAUGGGAACCGGUUCGCCGAGCUGGUGCUGGAGAAGCCUCUGGACCGAGAGCAGCAAGCGGUGCACCGCUACGUGCUGACCGCGGUGGACGGGGGAGGAGGGGGAGGCGGAGAUGGAGGAGGAGGCGGCGGCGGGGGAGGGGGCCUGCUCCCCCAGCAGCAGCGCACCGGCACGGCCCUACUCACCAUCCGAGUGCUGGACUCCAACGACAAUGUGCCCGCCUUCGACCAACCCGUCUACACUGUGUCCCUACCAGAGAACUCGCCGCCGGGCACGCUCGUGAUCCAGCUGAACGCCACAGACCCAGAUGAGGGCCAGAACGGGGAGGUCGUGUACUCCUUCAGUAGCCACAUUUCGCCCCGGGCGCGCGAGCUCUUCGGACUGUCCCCUCGCACCGGCCGGCUGGAGGUGAGCGGCGAGCUGGACUGCGAAGAGAGCCCGGUGUACCAAGUGUACGUUCAAGCCAAGGACCUGGGCCCCAACGCCGUGCCUGCGCACUGCAAGGUGAUAGUGAGGGUGCUGGAUGCUAACGACAACGCGCCGGAGAUCAGCUUCAGCACCGUGAAGGAGGCGGUGAGCGAGGGCGCGGCGCCCGGCACGGUGGUGGCCUUGUUCAGCGUAACCGACCGCGACUCCGAGGAGAAUGGGCAGGUGCAGUGCGAGCUGCUGGGGGAUGUGCCGUUCCGCCUCAAGUCGUCCUUCAAGAACUACUACACCAUCGUGACCGAGGCCCCCCUAGACCGAGAGGCCGGGGACUCCUACACCCUGACCGUGGUGGCUCGCGACCGGGGCGAGCCUGCCCUCUCCACCAGUAAGUCCAUCCAGGUGCAAGUGUCAGAUGUGAACGACAACGCGCCGCGCUUCAGCCAGCCGGUCUACGACGUGUAUGUGACCGAGAACAACGUGCCAGGCGCCUACAUCUACGCGGUGAGCGCCACAGACCGUGAUGAGGGCGCCAACGCCCAGCUAGCCUACUCGAUCCUGGAGUGCCAGAUCCAGGGCAUGAGCGUCUUCACUUACGUGUCCAUCAACUCCGAGAACGGCUACCUGUACGCCCUGCGCUCCUUCGACUAUGAACAGCUCAAGGACUUCAGCUUCCAAGUGGAAGCGCGGGACGCCGGUAGCCCCCAGGCGCUGGCUGGCAACGCCACGGUCAACAUCCUCAUCGUGGAUCAGAACGACAACGCUCCUGCCAUCGUCGCCCCCCUUCCGGGGCGCAACGGGACUCCGGCGCGCGAGGUGCUGCCCCGCUCGGCUGAGCCCGGUUACCUGCUGACCCGCGUGGCCGCGGUGGACGCAGAUGACGGCGAGAACGCCCGGCUCACCUACAGCAUCGUGAGGGGUAACGAAAUGAACCUCUUCCGCAUGGAUUGGCGCACCGGGGAGCUCCGUACAGCGCGCCGGGUGCCGGCCAAGCGCGACCCCCAGCGGCCUUACGAACUGGUGAUCGAGGUGCGCGACCACGGGCAACCUCCCCUGUCGUCCACCGCCACCUUGGUGGUGCAGCUGGUGGAUGGCGCUGUCGAGCCCCAGGGCGGGGGCGGGGGCGGGGGCGGGGGGUCAGGAGAGCACCAGCGCCCCAGCCGCUCCGGCGGCGGGGAGACGUCGCUGGACCUCACCCUCAUCCUCAUCAUCGCGCUGGGCUCGGUAUCCUUCAUCUUCCUUCUGGCCAUGAUCGUACUUGCAGUGCGGUGCCAGAAAGAGAAAAAGCUGAAUAUCUACACGUGUCUGGCCAGCGACUGCUGCCUCUGCUGCUGCUGUGGCAGCGGGGGGUCGACCUGCUGUGGCCGCCAAGCCCGGGCGCGCAAGAAGAAACUUAGCAAGUCGGACAUCAUGCUGGUUCAAAGCUCCAACGUACCCAGUAACCCAGCCCAGGUGACGGUGGAGGAGUCCGGGGGCUUUGGCUCCCAUCACCACAACCAGAAUUACUGCUACCAGGUCUGCCUGACCCCCGAGUCCGCCAAAACCGACCUGAUGUUCCUUAAGCCCUGCAGCCCAUCGCGGAGUACGGACACUGAGCACAACCCCUGCGGGGCCAUCGUCACCGGUUACACAGACCAGCAGCCCGACAUCAUCUCCAACGGAAGCAUUUUGUCCAACGAGACUAAACAUCAGCGAGCAGAGCUCAGCUAUCUAGUUGACAGACCUCGCCGAGUUAACAGUUCUGCAUUCCAGGAAGCCGACAUAGUAAGUUCUAAGGACAGCGGUCAUGGAGACAGUGAACAGGGAGAUAGUGAUCAUGACGCCACCAACCGCGGCCAGUCAGCUGGUAUGGAUCUCUUCUCCAACUGCACCGAGGAAUGUAAAGCGCUUGGCCACUCAGAUCGGUGCUGGAUGCCCUCCUUUGUCCCUUCUGAUGGACGCCAGGCCGCUGAUUAUCGUAGCAAUCUGCAUGUUCCUGGCAUGGACUCCGUUCCAGACACUGAAGUGUUUGAAACUCCAGAAGCCCAGCCCGGGGCGGAGAGGUCCUUCUCCACCUUCGGCAAAGAGAAGGCCCUUCACAGCACCCUGGAGAGGAAGGAACUGGAUGGACUGCUGUCUAAUACACGAGCGCCUUACAAACCACCAUAUUUGAAUCAUUUUCAUCCUCUUUCUUAUUUUGUACAUUGGAAGUAA